GCACCGGGUGGGUAGGAAGCGCUAACAAGACCAGCUUAACAGAAUGCGGUCCAUGCUGAGACAGCAGAUGGACUCCACAGGCUUAUAUUCAAGCUUGAGAAGAUUAGCUUGAGACUUAACUCGUCACCCCCAUUGGGAAGCCGUGUUGACUGAGGACCUGUGGGGCAGAGUUAUCGAGGGUGUAACUCCUGGUGACGAUAUGACUUGAGUGACCCGGAGCGUCAAAAAAAGUACAAAACCUGGCGUAAGCUACUGCCGAAUCUCAUCUGAAAGGGGUAUAAGUGCCGUUCGUCAUGAUGUUGCAGAAUCACUAAGCAAGUGCCGCUGGACCCGAGUUCCAGGAGUUCUGGUCCUGGGCGAUCCGAAUGCGGAGACGGCGAUCACCUAGGCGAUGGGCACUAUCUGGACCUACUAUCUGUACGUUUAUAUGAGACUAAAUUAUAGUCCCGCAGCGGUCUGGACUAUCGCCCUGAUUAUCUCGAUCGUGUGGUUUCGAAAAGGGGGGUUUCUGGUGGAAUUGCUCGAGCCAGCCAUCGGAGCGGUUCUGUAGAGGACAUCUACCUAGAA